AUGGAGGCUGCGCUGGCCGAGAAGGGCACCAACCUGCAGCUUUGGGCGACCGAGGCGCUCGACGCCGGGGAGAAGCUGGCCGUGGCCCGGUCGCGGUGCACCGCCCUGGAGGCAGAGCGGUCACGGGCCGCCGUGGGUGCUGAGGAGUGGCGCCAGGCCUACGAAGAGGAGGCGACUCGACGGUGGAGAGAGCGCGUUUCACGGCAGAUGAUAGCCGAGAGGCUCGUCCAAGGGAUGAGCCAGGCGUGCGAGUACGAGCGGGCGCGCAGAUUAUGUGCCGAGGAGAUCUUGGCGAGGAGCCGCGCGCACGUCGCCACCUUGAUGGCGAUCGUCGACCACCUGACGACGAGCUUCGAGCUGGGGGCCACAGGCGCCGAGAACCUCCGGGCCCGCAUCGACGAGCUCGAGGCUGCCGCAGGGGCGGGGGGCGAGGCAGGAGUCAGCACCGCGGAUUUCGUCGCGGAGCUACGCGCCGUUGUCUGCCAACCCCCAGCCAACGGGGGACCGUGGCGGGGCGGCGCGGUCGGUUCCGCCGGCGCGCUCGGAUCGGCCAUCGUGGUCGGGGUGGGCCAGAACGACGGCUACGUGGGCGACGGGGCGCAGAGCAGGCGCGGCGUGCUGACGCUGAAGUACCCAAUCGAGCACGGCAUCGUGACGAGUUGCGACGAUAGGGAGAAGAUUUGGCACCACACGUUCUACGCGAUGUACGAGGCCAUCCCAGCAGUGCUCUCGUUGCACGCUUCCGGCCCUGCCACUUGUAUCGCGACGGACUCGGGUGCCGAUGUGUCGCAUGGGGUGCCAAUCUACGAGGGUUAUGCCUUGCCGUGCACCAUCUUGCGCCUUGACCUGGCCGGCCGCGACCUCACGGGGUACCUGAUGAAGGUCGCUGACAUUACGGAGAAGCUCUGCUACGUUGCCCUCGUCUGCGACACUGAGAUGCAGGCUGCCACCGAGGUUGGGGACGAGGAGAAGGGAAGCCAGCGGCAACCACAACACCCCUUCCAGUCCAUCAUGAAGUGCGACGUCGACAUCCGCAGGGACCUCUACGCCAACACGCUUCCGUCUGGCGGCAUCACCCUGUUCGCCGGGAUCGGGGAGCGCAUGAACAAGGAGCUAUCCGCCCUGGCGCCCUCGACGAUGAGGAUCAAGAUCGCGGCACCGCCCGAGCGUAAGUACCCCAUGUGGAUCGGCGGGGCCAUCCCCCUCACGCAGAGCGCUUCUCAGCAGGAAUGGGCUACGAGGGGCGAGUGCGACGAGUCUGGCCCCACCAUCGUUCACAGGAUCGUCAUCCGCGAGGCAGCGAUGGGAGGUCCAGCCGGGCUGAACGAGGACGGCGGCCUGGCCAUGCCUGGGCGGGGACGCGCGGGCGAGGGCGAGCGCCGCUCGGAGCGGGCAGCCGCCGUGGCGGCGGGAGGGGCGCCAGCGGAGGCCAAGCAGUACCGGUUGACGGACGUGCUCGAGACCUGGGAGGUCGCGCGGUUGGAACGCGAUGAGUUCCCCCGCGAGGCCCACGAGGCCCUGGAGGUGGGGCAGCAACUGUUAGUGGGGGCUCGCCGCCACCCCGCCGCGGAGCAGGCGCGGGGCCUCAUGGGGAUCGGAUCCGAGGCCGAGACGGACGUGGAGGCCGACGAGGUUUGGGGCAUGGAUUGCCGCGUGGGUACGAGCCUUAGGGGCGACGUCCCAGCGGCGGGGUUGGCGGUGGCUGGAAACCUUACCGUUCGCAUACCUUCGGAUCACGUGGAGGAUUGCGCGCACGCCCUGGUGAGGCGCGGGGCCGGGCCCCCUGUCAAGGGCACGCGGGCGCUCGACAGUACGUGGGAUCCGACAGGCACGCUGACGCCCAUCAGUGCGCCCGCAUCCCAAAGCGCGCUUGGGCCUUGCAGCACUCUGGUAUCCGAGAGCGUGCCCCAGUCCAACUUCAAGGGUGUGGCUGGGCUCAACGGCAG